UAUGAAGAUCAUCUCUAAAGCCUGGAGGAGCUACAAGAACAAAUUUAUUGUUUUGUCGUGCAGGCUUUUAAAGUGUUGGAAGAAGAAAGAGAACCCUUUUGACAAGUAUGCGGACUUGACCAAAGAAGCCUGGGACGAGCUUGUUGAAAAGUGGAAUACUCCCGAGUUCCAACAGUCAAGUGAGUAUUUUCGGGGUCUCCGAGCGCGGAACGAGCUUGACCACCACCUUGGCUCAGCGGGAUAUGCUGGAAAGCAACGCAAGUGGGAGCAGGAGGAUGAGAUGCUGGCAGCGAGGGGGAUUGAGAAUCCCUAUGAAUCGUUUGAGGGACGGCUGGCACCAUUUAUGCGUGCUAGGUCAAAGCUCACGGAGGAUGGCAAUAUCAAUUUCUACAGCACGAGCGCUGAGGAAGUUGCUCAAAGGGCUUUGAUGGAGAGCAGCCAAGGUUCAAAUGAAGGAGUGAGGGAGUUUGAUGCGCUCACCAGGGCUUUGGGAACCCGUGAGCAACGGGGCCGUGUCCGUGGUGUUUCCAGUCAGUUGACCUGGAAGGAGGGGUUCCCUGAACACAAAGGCAGAUACCGGAAGCGGACUCGAGACUCCUCAUCAAAGGUUGACAUAGAUGAGAUCAAAAAGCAGGUGAAGAUGGAGAUGUUUGGAGAGCUGAAGACCAUCUUCGAGUCUCAGGGAUUGUCAUUCCCUGAUAUGCCGGGGAGUACGAUGAGUGAAGAGAGAAGGGACAGCUUCGCUUGUACUGCAGCGGGUGCUUCUCAGAGCAGAGGGACAGAGAGGGCAAUUGUGCCUACAUCAGUGGAGCCGGAUACGAUAGAUGGCUUGGCUCGUCCGACCCGAUGCAGUCUUCUCGUGCAGCUGGUCGGAGAUUCAUCUUUCAUGGAGGUCGGGAACGGGCUUGUGUAUCCCGGUAUGUCCCAGCUUGAAGGUGUCCAGGUCAGUGCAUUGGUCUUUGCCUCUCUUUUCUUUUCUCCUAUUUCUUUUUGUUUUUUUUCUUUUGGUAUGUACAACUUGCUUGAGAUUUAAAGGCUUUGUUGUUGUUGUUGAUGUUGUUGCAGGUCAGGGCUGAUUGUGCUGUGCUCAAGAUUGACUACGUGCAUGAGUUUGCUAAGAAUAUCAAGCUGGAGGUGCCACCAGAUGACAUGACCACCACUUUGCGGGAUGCAGUUGCGAGAAGGGUUCAGUGGCGGAGAGCUGGUAUUCAUAUUGAUCCAGCAGAUGCAGAUUCAGUACCGACCAGUCAACCUCAGCCACAGAGUGCUGCAGUGCCACCGACGUUUUCUGAGCCAUGCCCACAGCUGCCGGAUACACGGGAAUCGUUAUCGGAACCGCAUCCUCCUGUCCCUACUCAGCCUCAGGUUACCCCCCUCCACCUGUUCCGACAGAGCCAGCUACCGCUCCCAAGAAGCCAAGCAAGGCUAAUCCUGUGAGGAAGAAGCAGAGUAGGCCGAUGGCGACGAAGCGGGAGAUCUCAGAGGGGAAGAAAAAGGUGGAGCGGAUAAAACAACCGGUCACAAGGGCUUACACUUCUGAGAAUCCAAAGUACAGGGUUGGAAAGGCCUUGCUUAGUGUCUCUGAGCUUCGGGCAGCAGGUCCAUAUUGUAUGGACCUGCACAAGUACUACAUGCAAAAUGUCAAUCAAGCCGAGGAAAUCAUGGUGUCAUUCGAAGAGCGGCACUUUCUGCAGCUUGAGGGCAACGGCAACAUCUUUAUUGUUGCCUGGAGCGAUUUGUUCGACCUUUUCAACCU